AGCACAUGCGCCGUUAUGUAUUCCGGUACCAACUUCCGGAAAGAGAUUUUGCUGUAUUUCAUGUUGCGACUGCAGUAAUUCUUCAGAGAUUGCAAGAUGCCUGAACGGGAAACAGAAGUCUUUUCCAACCCCCUUCCACCAACAGACUUCCAAAUAGACGAUGAGGAUGACGAAGGCCAUGCUCUUACAAAUGAUGAUUUUAGGAAAAUGCUCAUGACCCCGAGGGCUCCUCCUUCGGGGUCAAUACCACACAGCAGCAGCAGCAGCUCCAGCAGCUCGAGAUUACCUAAAAUCCCAUUACCAACAAGACCAGAGGAAGAUGAUGAUGAUCCAGCUACAAAAAGACGGAAAAAGAAAAGUUACUACGCAAAACUCAAACGGUUGGAAGAAGAACGCCAGAAGGAACUGGAGGAAAAAUACAGAGACAGGGCAAGAGAGAGGCGAGAUGGCUUUAACCGUGAUUAUGCCGAGACAGAGAUCAUCAGUACCACUGCAGAUUAUCGGGCCGUGGCACCAGAUGCAAAGGCUGGUGAGAACUAUGCAGAGAGAAGAAAACAGCUGAUCCAAGAGUCCAAAUAUCUGGGAGGUGACAUGGAACACACCCAUUUGGUGAAAGGCUUGGAUUUUGCCUUGUUGGAAAAGGUGAGGGCUGAGAUUCACAGUAAGGAGCGUGAGGAUGAGGAAGUCAUGGAAAUGAUUGUGUCCCAGCCUCCCAGUUCACAAGCAGCAGCUCCAGCCCAGACUGACGCCCCAGCUCAGGCACAAGCCCCAGCCUCUGUACCAGCUGCCCUCGUACCUCCAGUACCCAAGAAAGAAGAUAAAGAGGAUCCAGAAAACCAAAUACAAUUCAAGACAAAGAUGGGAAGAAACGUUUACAGAAUAUUGUUUAAAAACAAGCUACCCGAGAGGAAUGAGUUGUUCUUGCCCCGGCGCAUGGCUUAUGUUGUGGAUCUUGAGGAUGAAUAUGCAGAUUUGGAUGUCCCCACAACAACCAUCAGAAGCAAGGCUGACUGUCCAAGUUUAGAGGCCACCACAACUCUGACCACAAACGACAUUGUCAUCAACAAGCUCACUCAGAUCCUGUCCUACCUUAGACAGGGCCGCAGGGAGAGCAAGAAACUCAAGAAAAAGGAAAAAGGGAAGUUGAAAGAGGAAGAUAAACCAAAGGAGAAACUGCCUGGGGCUGAUGACAAUAUAUAUGCUGAUGCUGGCGACUAUUUGCCAAGUGUUUCCAAGUCCAAGGAUAGGAAAGACAGGCGAGAUCGAGGCCGGGAGGAUGAACGUGAGACCCGAAGAGACCGUGAAUACCGUGAUAGAGACAGGGACAGGGAGCGUAAUCGUGACCGUGACCAAGGGAGGGACCAGGGUAGGGACCGGGACAGGGACCGCCGUGACAGAGGAGACAGAGGGGAUAGGGGUGACAGAGAGAGGGAGCGAGACCGAGGACGAGACCGUGAAAGGGAGUCGCACCGUGACCGUGACCACAAUGCGCACAGAGGAGAGAAAGAUGAGAGAAAGAAGAAAUCAUAUUUUGAAAAACCGUCUGAGGAGGAUGAGGAAAAAGUUAUGCCUGUGACAGCCACAGAGAUGGUUAAGACCAUUAAUGACAGGUUCAAGAGUUAUGCUGAAAUUGAGGAGGAAAAAGCAUCGGCUGAUGCAAAGAAUGCUGAGUCGUGGAUGAAGAAGUUGAAGGCAAAAGUCGGAGUGGACAGUUAUGCAGAGUGUUAUCCUGGCAUGGAGGAAGCAGCAGAUGCGUUUGGUGACUCUGACGACGAGGUUGACUACAGUAAGAUGGACCAGGGAAACAAGAAGGGACCCAUUGGGCGCUGGGACUUUGACACCCAGGAAGAGUAUAGCGACUACAUGGCCAACAAAGAGGCCCUCCCCAAGGCUGCUUUCCAGUAUGGGGUCAAAAUGGCAGAUGGCCGAAAGACGAGACGAGCUGGACCAAAGGAUGAGAAGGCUCAGCUAGACAGACAAUGGCAGAAGAUCCAGAAUAUUUUACAGAAAAGAAAAACAGGGGAAGCUGGGCAUGAUGUAGAACACAAGAAGAAAAAACACUGAAAUGAUCUGGACAUUUUGUGUAUAGUGAUUUAACAACACAAGACGGAAAAACAAUUAAAGACUAACCAGAAAUCUGUAUAAAAAAGUCAUUGUGUAUCAUGACAUUUGAAAAAGGACCGUCAUGGUGAAACUGAUUAUGUGAGAAAGAACUUAUCUAAAUGUUCAUAUGGAAAUAUUAUUUAAACUUGCAUAUACUUGGAGGAAACUUUUGGAACUUCCGUUCUGACCUCAGAAUUACAUAUAUGGUAAUUUGGUAUAAACAAUAGGCACACCUCAUGUGUUGUAUGAUAUUACCCCUGUGGUUUUAAAUUUCUUUGUCAUCAAGCUUAAGGUACAUUGUAACUAUUAGUACUGUAUGACAGUUUGAUGGUAUGCACAUAUUGACCCUGGCUGAUGGGCAGGGCCAAAAGGUGUCAAAUUGAUUCAAAUUUCAAAAGUCUUCUUUUCGACACCAGAAAUGGAAGAGUGUAGGCAAUGAUUCAUUGUAUUUCUGCUUUUAAAUUAUACCAGUAAGUUGAUAACUCAAUGGGUAAUGAGAAAAUUUAUAAAAUAAAUCCAGAGUGUUAAGGAACAAUGUAACUGUUGACUGCUGAACAACAUACAGUUGUAGCUUGUCACUAUGUACUAUGUAUCAUAUUCAAUGCUUUCAUGGUUUCUCUACCAAUAUAUUUGAGGAUUCUGUACCACUGCUCCAGCAUGACUAUAGAUUUGAUAACAUGUUUCAAAACUUAUUUGAAAAAUGAAAUAAAGAUUCCAUGAAACAAAACAAAAUCAACAAACAGCUGUGUUCCAAGAAGUAUAAUGCCAGGGGGCAUGACCAGGAUUUGAACAUUGGGCUUCUGAUUAUAUAAUAAUGUUGCUCUUAACCAAAUGAGUUGCCUGGUCAAAUGUAUAACCAAGUAGCGCUACAGUUAUAACCAAAACGAAAUUAAGGGAAGGUUACUGUAUGUGCAAAAAAAAAUACUGUGAAAUUCGCAAGUGUUUCGUUUGCAGUGAUGCAUGGAUUCCUAAAAUAACUGCUACACUUAAUUCUUAAAAUUAUGUGUUGGUAAAAUGGGAAUUUCUGAAUAAUGAAAGCGACAUUUUUUUUGAAAGAUGUUUUGAUGUCGUUUGAAACAAAGACGAAUUUAAGUAAAAUUAAUUAAACAAUUUCCAAUGUUUCUCACCUGAAGGUUGAUUGAGAUUGUAACUGAAGGAGGUCCCGAGGACUGAACCUCAAGUUUUGUUGUCAGUGGAUUGAUAAUGUCAUUGAGUUUGCAGGUAAAGGACUCCUGUUAUAGAAUUUAUGAUAAACAUUAUUGGAACAAAAUAAAUGUCUGAUAAAUACCAA